AUGCACGUAAGACUCCGCCUGAAGGCCAUUUCGGAUCAUAUUAAAGAGUGCGCAUCAUUCGCAGAAGAUUCAGUAUGUCGGAUGAAAACUGUUAGGCACGUAACAGAAAAACUCGUAAUAGUGUUACCGAGUAUUUCUAAAUGCCGAUGUGAGAUAGCAAAAUCAAGCAGUUGCUAUUUAUUGUUGAUCGAGCAGGCGAAAUUCUUGAAUAGAUUUUUCGGAGUGCGAAUUUUAAUGCAUUGUCUUUCUACUUUAACUGAAAUAAUAACGUUCGUGAAUUUCAUUGCAAAAGUUAUUAGUGGUUCCAUGGUAAGUCUUAAAACUUUUGAUUUAGAAAUUGUGUUCGUCUUUCAGAGUGCAGUAGUGACAUCGUACGUGUUAUUGGCGCCGAACAUCUUGCGAAUCAUCAACUGCGUCUCAGUACUUACUAUUAUGGUGUACUACUGCGAGGCGUGCUGCCGAGAAUCUGGAGAUAUCAUCGACGCCAUCGACAACUUUCUUGUCAAUAAGAAAACUGGCGACGAGUUAAUAUCUUCUUUGAAAACUCUUCGGAAACUGAUCACAUCAAGACCUCUCAAGUUCUCAGCAGCCGGCUUCUUCUAUAUGGAAUCCACGUUGUUAUUAUCCUUAGUUUCUGUAGUCAUUACUUAUGCUUUAAUUCUGGUACAAAACACAAAGUAA